GUAGCGGCAUCAAACAUUAUCCUAAUCACUAUUCGGGGGCGAGCGAACUGACACGAUGGGCACCGUGACCGCGGCGAUUUCCGUAUCCGCCGCCGCCGCGGCGGUGGUGUCCCGCCCAGCCGACCGCCGACGCCACCGCGGCCCCGCCGCCUUUCGCUGCUCGGCCUCCGCGGCCAGCGAGCGGCAGGCUCUCUUCAGCCGCAUCGCCCCCGUCUACGACCAUCUGAACGACGUGCUCAGCCUGGGGCAGCACCGGACGUGGAAGCGCAUCUGCGUCUCGUGGUCGAGGGCGAAGAUGGGGGAUCGGGUUCUUGAUCUCUGCUGCGGGAGCGGGGAUUUGGCGUUCCUGCUGUCUCAGAAGGUCGGCUUAGAUGGAGAGGUGAUGGCCGUCGAUUUCUCGAGGCAGCAACUGCAGACUGCUGCUGAACGUCAGGAGCAACGCUGGAAGCUGUGCUACAAGAACAUCAAAUGGAUAGAGGGUGAUGCACUUGAUUUACCGUUCACAGACUGCUACUUUGAUGCUGUAACGGUUGGCUACGGAUUGCGUAAUGUGGUUGACAAGUCCAGAGCGAUGCAAGAAAUAUUUAGGGUCCUGAAACCAGGAUCAAGAGCAUCUAUUCUUGAUUUUAACAAGAGCUCAUCACUUUUCACGGCAUCAUUACAGAGUUGGGCAAUCGACAAUGUUGUGGUUCCUUUGGCUAGUGGCUAUGGACUCACUGAAGAAUACAAGUACUUGAAGAGCUCCAUAUCACAGUAUCUAACAGGAGAAGAGUUGGAGAAAUUAGGCAGAGAAGCUGGUUUCACUGUAGCCAAGCACUACGAGCUUGGCGGAGGGCUCAUGGGGAACCUAAUAGCAACUCGAUGAGCAGAAUAUCGCGAGAAACUUUUCAAAGUCACUUCUGCGGCCACGGUUGGGUCACGUUCAGACGGAUUGCUUUGAGACGUAUUCGACGGGCAUGAUGUUCCGAAGCACGGGAGCGAUCUGACUGGAGACCAAGCAAAAGAGUCUCAGGCGCACGCGUUGCUCUGCGUGAGAGCAUGUGGGCAUUCCAGGUCCUCGUUACUGCGUUGCUCACUACAUUUGCUCUGAAUCCUUUUUGCCUCCGAGAGAUGGGAUGCAGGUCUCUGGCUCUCUGCACCCCUCCGUUUACUGCUCGGUCCCCAUUUACGAGUUUAUUUACGACGGGUAGCAUCUGUACUGUGGAUUCUUAAGCCGUGGUUGUUUCCUCUC